UUGUUGCAGGGGGGCGCUUUGCCGAUGACGCACUUCCGGUGCGCUGCUGGAAGUGUAAAUUUUCUUCUUUUUUCUUUCUCUCCCCUUAUUCUGUUUCUGGAACUUGGGGACUGGUUAUUUUUUAUUCUACCCCAAAUAAUGGCGAAGACCGUGGCGUAUUUCUACGAUCCGGACGUGGGGAACUUCCAUUAUGGCACAGGACAUCCAAUGAAACCCCACCGCCUGGCACUCACUCACAGCUUGGUUCUUCACUAUGGACUGUAUAAAAAGAUGAUUGUGUUUAAGCCGUACCAGGCGUCUCAGCAUGAUAUGUGUCGCUUUCAUUCAGAGGAUUACAUUGAUUUCCUGCAGCGGGUGAGCCCCACCAACAUGCAAGGCUUCACUAAAAGCUUAAACGCCUUCAAUGUUGGUGAUGACUGCCCGGUGUUUCCAGGCCUCUUUGAGUUUUGUUCUCGCUAUACAGGAGCCUCUCUACAAGGAGCGACACAGCUUAACAAUAAGAUUUGUGACAUUGCCAUUAACUGGGCUGGAGGGCUUCACCAUGCAAAGAAAUUUGAGGCUUCUGGAUUCUGCUAUGUCAAUGAUAUAGUGAUUGGUAUCCUGGAACUGCUCAAGUACCAUCCGCGUGUCCUCUAUAUAGAUAUCGAUAUUCACCAUGGAGAUGGAGUGCAGGAAGCCUUCUAUCUCACUGACAGAGUCAUGACCGUCUCAUUUCACAAAUAUGGAAACUACUUCUUCCCUGGAACAGGUGACAUGUAUGAGGUUGGAGCUGAAAGUGGUAGAUAUUACUGUCUGAACGUCCCACUGAGAGAUGGCAUCGAUGACCAGAGUUACAGACAUCUUUUUCAGCCUGUGAUUAAACAAGUGGUGGAUUUCUAUCAGCCUACCUGCAUUGUCCUACAGUGCGGUGCGGACUCACUUGGCUGUGAUAGACUGGGAUGUUUUAACCUGAGUAUAAGGGGACAUGGGGACUGUGUUCAAUAUGUGAAAAGCUUUAAUAUUCCUCUGCUUGUACUUGGAGGAGGUGGUUACACUGUCCGCAAUGUGGCACGAUGCUGGACUUAUGAAACAUCAUUGCUAGUGGAUGAAACAAUAAGUGAAGAGUUGCCCUAUAGUGAAUACUUUGAAUAUUUUGCACCGGAUUUCACUCUUCAUCCUGAUGUCAGCACUAGAAUUGAAAAUCAGAACACGCGACAGUAUUUAGAUCAGAUUAGGCAGACUAUAUUUGAAAACUUAAAGAUGCUGAACCAUGCUCCCAGCGUGCAGAUCCAUGAUGUCCCAUCUGAUCUCCUGAGCUAUGACCGCACUGAUGAGCCAGAUCCUGAGGAGAGAGGAGGAGAAGACAGUUACUCCAGGCCUGAAGCCUCAAAUGAAUUCUAUGAUGGAGACCAUGACAACGACAAGGAGAGCGAUGUUGAGAUAUGAGCCGGACUCUAGAACACUUGGACAUAUAAUGUAUCAGACUUUUCCAGCCUUUGCAUUGUCAGUUUUAUGACCAAUAUUUUACAGUAUUUUUAUUUUUUUUGGACCAGAUUAAAA